UGCCCCGUGAAAGAUUGCGAAAAGUCCUUUACGACUAGAGUUAACCUAGAAGGUCAUCUGCGCUCGCACACUGGGGAAAAGCCUUUCACCUGCGCUAAAGGAUGCGGCCGGCGCUUCGCACGGCGCUCAGACUGCGUUCGCCAUCUAGCUACACACGGUCUCGGGCACGCGCAUGUCUGCCCCGUCUGCAACAGACACUACACCAGACGCGACGCGGCCCUUAAGCAUCUUGCAGGUCGGUAG